AUGUCGUCAGAGAAGCCCAUCCCACUGGAAGGGUCCAUAGGGCCAGACCCUGGACUUAUGGCCGAUGUUAUGAAUAGCUGCAAUUGCUCACAUGACAGAGCAAUCAAGCUACUCCACUGGGCGAAUAAUGAUCCCGAAAAAGCCAAGCACCAUCAUCGGACCUUGGCCGCAUAUAUGAGCCGGUCCAGGACAUCAACUUCUCAAUCCUCCACAUCAACAACUCCAAGAUCUAGUACUGAUAUGCCUCAACAAGCAAGAGAAACCGGAGUUCUUGUGAAUGCUAGAAUGACGAAGGGACGAGGUUUGACUGUACCACCACCAACAGAUGGACAGAUCUUGAACGUCCCAAUACGAAAUGGACGAAGUCUUCAUACUCCGUCAACGGAUGACGGCUCCUCUCAAAGCUCUGAAUUCAUCAAGCCGCCUAGGGAAAAGCGCGAUGAAAGCUCAUGUGAAAUUCCCCAACCUGCUGGAUCCCACUUUGAAACUCGUCUCGAAGGUGGGUUACCCACUCCGGUGGAAACUCUUCAAACCACGCCGAAAGGAAAUAUAGAAGAUUCGAGCAAAGAGCGUGCUCCACAGCCUCCUAGACAGCCCGAAGUAGUUGAAGGUGCCCAAUAUAUGCAAGAGACACCAGUAGAACAAGAAGUAUUCCAAGAACCAGAAUGGGAUUUCGUACUUCCAACAAUCCCACACCCGCUAACUUUGACACCCGGCAACAACUUCGAUAUAUCUGAAAUAGCUGGCGCCAUGCAGUACGGCGCACCUCCCGAAAUGAUCCAGAACUACCUAGGAUACUAUGACAAGCGUACUGUGCAAAAGGAAAUCAACGAAGGAGUCCAGGGAUUCCCAGCCAUAUUCUUCGCUGUAGCCACCAACAACGAGGCGACUAUCCGGAUAUGGGUUGCCCACGGAGGAGACGUUAAUAGCGUCCAUGGAGCCUCAGGAGUACCUCUUCUUGCAUUCGCAAUACUGAAUAGCGAGACGAUCCAAGAGGAUACAACACGCACGCUUGCCACGCUUCUUAGCCUUGGAGCUAUACCUAAUUGUAUCCCAGCAGCGUUCUACACGCCCUUUUGUCGCGACCUGCCGGACGAUGGGCCAGAAGAGCAGGAACUAGGUGAUAUCGGCGAGGUGGAUAAAAAGUGGUGCACAGUUUCCGCAAGAGGAAGACUUGCGAAAAUGGCGAAUCUCACUCAUAGGUAUUACCUCGAGCGAGCUGCUAAAACAAAGAAACCAUCUAUCCGACAUAGGCAGAUAGCACUCCGGCGAAACGCAGAAGCUCUCCUCGGAAUCCCGUAUUUCCUUAUCGGGCAGACCGUUGCAGCAAAUAUCCUCCUGCAGAAGCUAUUAAGUCAUAUACUCAUCCCCGGUAAACGGCCAUUGGUUUUGGUUUUCGCCGGGCCGAGUGGCCAUGGGAAAACGGAGCUGGCUAGAAGUCUUGGACAUCUUCUGUCGCUGGAGCUCGAAGUGGUGGACUGUACGAUAUUUAGCCGGGAGCAGGAAUUAUUCGGACCUCGUGCUCCCUGGGCCGAAUGGGAGAAGGGGUCGCCAUUGAAUAAUUUCCUAGCGAGGAAGGCGGGGGAGAGGUGUAUUGUUUUCUUGGAUGAGUUUGAGAAGACGAGUAGGGAUAUCCAUCAGACUCUAUUACUUCCUUUUGAUUCCGGAGAUUAUGAGGACCGCCGAAACCGCUCGAAAAUAGACUGCUCGAAAACCAUAUGGAUCCUGGCGACAAAUGCCCUCGAUCCCACGAUCAAAGAUUUCUGUUCCCAGAAUCAUGAUGCAGUAUUCAUCGAUGAUGAUCAGGAUAAGAUGGCUUCACUAAUGAAACAGUUGUCCAAACAGAUUAAACAGGAGUUCCUCCGCAUAUUCGAUUCUCCCCUCACAGGUCGCGUCUCUUCCUUCAUUCCCUUCCUACCCUUUUCUCCAGGCGAGCAAGCUGUCGUUGUACACAAAUACAUUCUCGAGCUCUCCCAGAAAGUAUGCACAUCGGUAAACCUCUCCCCUGGACCAAACGAACAACUUCUUGGCAACAUCAAAUUGCGAAUCCGCAGAGAUGCAAGUGUAUGCAAAGUAAUAGCAGAUGCGGAAUACCAUGCGGAUCUGGGAGCGAGAAGUUUGAUCACGGCCGUUAAGGGGUUAGUGGAGGAUGUGCUUGUGGAGCGGUAUUUGGAGGUCGAUAGGGAAAUUAAAGAGGGUGAGAAGGUGGGGAUGUUGGUUGAUAUUAAUAGUGGGGAGAUAGUGGUUAGUAUUGUUGACCGGUAG